CGGAAGCGCUGCUGCUGUCAUCCAAACAAACAACAUGGGUUGAUUUUGGAGAAUGUCAUCAAGAGGCGUAGUCCUCCAUUUGCAAACCUGUCCAAGUCCUAAGAAGCUGACUAGAAGAAACUGACUGUAUUUAGUUGAGUUUUCUCAAAGUAGCCAUGGAUCGGGAGGAAGAGGAAGAGGAGCUGACAGUCGAUGGACCCAAAGAGGUGGACAUGUUUACAUCAGUGCGUUGCCUGGGUUACCUGUCCAGCUUCAACCUCCUCGUGGCAGUAUGCGUUGGCAUGUAUGUACGCUGGGAGGUGACAAAGGAACCGAUGAUCCUGGUCAUCUUCAUCCUAGGCCUGUUUGUCCUGGGGAUCGCCAGCAUCCUCCAUUACUACUUUGCGAUGGAGAAAGCCAGUCUCAGUUUGUUCCAUCUGUGGUUUGGCUUUUUGCUCGGCCUUCUGUGCUUUCUCAACAGCCCCACUUUGGAUUCAAAUGUCAAGGAACUGGUCGCCAAUUAUCUGCUGUUAGCCAGUGUUGUCAUGAAAACAAUAUGGGCUGUAACAGAGCGAAUAUGCCACUCCAUCCGCUACAAACCCACCUUGCUAACAUCAACUGAGCUACUGGAGCUCCUGGGAUUUGGCAUUGCCAGCACAACCAUGCUUCUUCACAAAUCAGUGGCCAUAAUCGCGUUGGUGGUGGCCCUGGGGGCUCUCAUUGUGGACCUGAGGAUGAAAUCCCUCCUGGCUUUACCUAACCUUGUCACUUUUGCCUUGGUUACAUCGCUUGUGUUUUUCCAGGCCUUAGGCAUCGCAGCCAACCCUUAUGCUUUAGGCUGCUACCUGGGUAGGCUGCUAUGCGAGCCCAUCUUGGAUGUGUACUUCAGUGGGCUGGGGCCAAGCGAGCGCUGGAUACCAGUGCUCUCCCUGGGGAGGGUGUGGAGGAGGCUGUCUCUGCUGCCACUGAGUGUGACUGAGCUGGCCUUCUUUGUCUUGGCUGCCUUGAAGCUUGGCCACUUAGAGCUGUGGUAUCUGGUGAUCCCCGGCUUCUGCCUGUUUGGCCUUUUCUGGUCCAUCUGCCACGUAAUUCUGCUGAUGACAAUCUGGGGCUUCCACACCAAGUUGAGUGAGUGUCAGAAGGCCUGGCGGGCGCAGCGAUCCAGUAGCCGGAGUCUCAACCAAGUCAUGGCCUCCAAGGGCAUCCGACACUUCUGCCUCAUCUCAGAGCGACUGGUUUUCUUCAGUAUUCUGUCAACGGUCAUACUGGGAGCUGUGUCCUGGCAGCCCUCCAAUGGCCUUUUUCUCAGUGCUCUGCUGGUGGUGCUGCCUUUGGAGUCUCUGGCCCACAGCUUGUUCCAUGAGCUGGGCAGCUGCCUGGGGGGAACUUGUGUCGGCUACGCCCUGGUCAUACCUACUGCUUACUGCAGCUCUGAUGGCCAGCCCACUCUCCUGCCACCUGAGCAGGUACAGCAGCUGAACAUGAGAUCAACAGGUAUGCUGAACAACGUGCAGCGCCUCUUCUCCCACCACAUGAUCCAGACGUUUGGUUGCGACUACUCCACCAGCGGCGUUACCCUGGAUGUCGUGCAGACGAAGCUGCGCAGCUUUCUGGAGCUUCGGACAGAGGAUGGACCCCGUCAUGACACAUAUCUGAUUUUCUACAGUGGGCACACACACAAAGGCACCGGGGCUUGGGCCCUUGCUGGAGGUGAGAAUCUCCACCUAGCCCAGUUGCUGGAGUUGUGGAAAGAGAAGAACGCUGGCCACUGCUCCCGUCUCAUCCUUGUCUUGGAUACCGAAAACUCCCUCCCCUGGGUGAAGGAGAUACGUCGAGUGGACGGCAUCUAUGUCGCCGUGCAGGGGGCUGAGCUGUCCGUCACCAUGGUGGACACAGAGGUCGGUGGCACCCCCCUUCUCGGGGACUUCACCUCCGAAUGGGUGGAGUUCAACUGCAAUCCAGACAUCGACACCCGGUGGUCAGAAAAGGGAAGGACUGUGAUGGCUGCGUACGGGGUGUCGAAACGCUGGAGCGACUACGAGCUUCACCUGCCCACUGGAAGUGACGUGGCAAAGCACUGGAAGACCCACUUUCCCAAGGUGACAUAUCCCAUGGUGCACCUCUCCAACUGGUGCUGUGGCCUCAACAUGUUCUGGAUAUGUACCAUGUGCCUGCGCUGCUUCAGGAGGUGUAAACUAGCUUGGUUCCCCCCAGCCAUACUGGACACUGGGCAGGGCAUUAAACUGGUGCACUCUUAGAUAAUGAGGGUAGUUGACAUGCACAUUUUUGCUGUUUGUGUUUUACCAGCUGGGCACGAGGUGUUUAUAAAAAUAAAAAAAUGAUACCACUGUAUCUAUAAUACUAUAUAUACAAACAUACACACAGGUUUUACCCCAUGAUUAAAAUAUGACCCCCUGUCGAAGGAGUUGUUCAACUCCUCCCAAAUUAAUUUUUGCAUCAGGUUUAAUUGCAAUGAUGCAGAAAUGUGCUUGCAGUUUCAUCGCUCAACUUUGUAUUGUGUAACCCAAAGUGAAAGAGCAAAAAAAAAAACCAAAAAAACAGAACAUAUAAAUUAACCUCUUGCAUGCUUAUUAUGGUAAGAGACAUGACAGUUACAGUGGAUAAAACCAUCUUCAGUACAUAUCAGUGGUUUCUAAAAGGAAAACUUCAACCACAAAAUGACCAUUUGUAAAUAAUUCAUGUCUUGUUGCCUUGAAUUUAUGAAGAAAAUGUUUUUUCUUGUUCAAUUACAAAAAUAUAAGUUUUACUUGAGGUUUAAUUCAGUUUUAAUAGUAAGGUUCUGGCCCAAAUGCAUGCUUUAAGUAUUGAGCACAUUUCUGGAUAUAUAAGAUUUAUAUCAUACUCAUAUAAAAUAAUUGUAUAAAUAGUAGAUGAAGCUAGCACAAAAUUACCCAUUGGUUUGUGGUUCAUUUUUGAGCACCAGAGGUUGCCAAUUGUCAUUAAUUCCCUGUGAAUCCCUCGUGCUUAAGUAGGCAACUUGAAUCCAAUGCAAGAAUGGCGGACUUCGCCAUUAUUUAUUCCAUUUACUAUACCGAGACAUCAUUACUCAAUAGAAGUACAUUAUAUGGUUCUAACGCUCGAUGAACUGCAGUAUUUGGCACUUUUGGUUUGCUUCAUUUUUCAGCUCGAGGCUUCCACUUGAUUAUACUUCACAAAUUUAGGGAGUUUUUAAAUGACUGUUUUGGCAGUUUGCUGUUUGUUAAAGGUGGUCCCCAAUCAAUCAGUAAAUCAAUAUGUUGUCUGUAGAGGCAUUCAAGAAAAACAGUUUUCUUUAGGGAUUCAAAUAGCAUGGCAUUACUAGUUGAUUUACAAAUGGUCAUUUUGUUGGUCAAGUAUUAUUUAGUGUAUAAUGAGGCUAAAGACAAAAUUUAGGGGUUUUGCACAAACUUAUUGUAUUUUGGGAGAGUAUGAUAUGUUUUUGAGUACAAUUUUGCCAUUAUUGCAUACUUAAUUCUUUGGAAAGGUUUACUGGUUAUCUUUUUUGUUACAACAUGGAUUUUUUUUUUUCAACAUCAUAGUGCCUUAAAGUGCGUCUAAGAUGGAUCAUCUUUAAUGGGAUGCCUACUUUUUUUAAAUGUAUAUAAUAUAUAUAGCCUUUCUUUGCCUCUUAUUUAUGUCAGAGGAUUUAGCUGUGUGAGCAGGGAGGGGCUCAGUGUCUUCCAAAAGCCUUUGAACAGGAUAGACAAAAAAAAAUUACUGUUGUUGGCUGAACUCAGUGUCCCCCUGGUUACGAGAUUGUCUACCCGUGAGGCCAACCUGCCACUCUGGAUAUGCUUUUUUUCCCUGAACUGAACCAAGACGGAUGUGUCAGCUGUGAGACAGCAUAUAAUCACCAGACGCUGGCCUGUAUUGUGACUCGUCUUGUUUAUUUACAUAAAUUAAUUCAAGUUGAAGAAGUCAUUUGUUCUGUACAAACAGCACAUUCAGGUUUUGUAGCUGUUGUCCUUGCUACGCUGUGAAAAAGGGACUUGCCAUGCACAACGACACGUCAAGAAGCUCACAAUGCUUUUUAUUGCUGCACUGACCUUAAGAACUUGUAUUGACCAUCUUUUAUUUCCUACUUUAUUUGCUGUGUCGGAUCUCUCUCUCCCACCCAACCCUAAAUGCUGGAUUGGAUUGCUGCCUUAAAGUUUGUGUUUCACUGUGACGUUUCCAAGAGGUCAAGUGGCUUUUUUCAGAUGUUAAUCCCCCCUGUGCCUCACUUUAGUUAUGCCUGACAAAGUCAACAUUAAACUUGGAUAAUGAACUGAUUAAA